CUAAGAGGAACACUAAUCUCUCGCGCCACAUGUUCCCACCAAGAAAAGACAUCGUAGAUUCAUAAAGCGUCUAUCUCUCUCUCAGACACAAAAACAACACCUACCGUCUACGUAACACGCGUGUAAUAGUUCAAAAGUUCAUUAUUUCAAAUCCUUCUGGGAUUUGGAUUUGAUUCUUUAUCAUCCUCCUCCUUACUUAUCCCAUUCCAAGAUCAAGUAUGAUUUCAAUCUUCUCACAUACUACCCUCUGUAUAUUGUUGUAUUGCGUCUUAUAGCUGCGCUUUCUAUUACCACUAGUUUUACUGCGCCAAUUCCGGUAUAUUAAUCCAUUCUAUCCGCUCGUUUUCCUAUUCGUAUUUGUUUUAAUUUCGCUUAUAUAUUUGAGCUGCAACAAGUUUCUGAAUUUAUGUUAAACAAGAAACUUUGGGAAUUAUUUGGUGUUUUUGUUUUAAUCUGCAUUUGAGAAUUGACGGUUUUGGUGUUCUCUUUUAGCCUAGGUGGGUGAUCAUUGUUAUCCUUUUUAGGUUAUUGGUGACUGUUUUAAGUAGACGCUAUUCAGGGUUUGAAGUUUAUUGUUCCUACCACAACCUCAAGUUGAUAUGUAAUAACUGGGUUCAUAGUCAAAUAUUUAUAGAUAGUUAGUGCAUUUCUUAAUACAUAUACAGUGUUUGGGCAAAAGCUAUUGGGUUCGCCUAGGUUACAAGCUAGAUCUGCACCUGGGCGCUAUGGCCUUGAAUCAAGAAGAAGGAUACUUAACUAGGAUCGGGUUUGAUAAUGGGUGUUCCGUGGAGAGAUGCUUAAAUGAUAAAGUGGGUGGGUUUGCUGAUUUCUGGUGUUUGAAUUGUGAAAUGGGGGAGCUUUAUGAUUAUAAAGGUGGAAAAGCUAAUAAGGGUUCGGAUGAUAUUGCUGAUUUGUUGCCUCAGGAUCCCUUUAAUAUGGAUAUUACAACCAAAGGCACUGGUCUCGCGACCAUCGCUGGUUUCUUAGAGGAUCUUGAGAAUGAUUUUGGGUUAAAGACUCUUGGGUUUAUGUCAGAUAAGAUUGAGGUUAAGGGGGUGGACGAUCAUUUGCUUGUGGAUCUUGAUUUUGUAUUGAGUGGCACUGUGAGAAUUCAUCAGGAUGCAGGUAAGACUGAUGGAAAUUUUGAGCUGUUUGGAAUGGAUCUCAGUGAGGGAUUGGAAGGUGACCAUGGUCUGAUGAAUGGGAAUGCGGAGAUUAUGGGUUUUAGUUAUGAGAAGUAUUGGAUUCUCAGAGAUGAUUCAAUGGAUAAUGAUCAAGGGGGAAUUAAUGAUCAGUCUGAUAUGGAUGGAGGUGAUCCUUCAGAUGCACUUUUGCUGGCCCUUGGUUAUUUAGGCUUGAGGGACCUUCUUGCUGUAGAAAGAGUAUGCAAAUCUUUACGUGAUGCUGUUAGAGGAGAUCCACUUUUGUGGAGAAGUAUUCACAUUGAUUAUCCACUUAAUCCUAACAUCACAGAUGAUAUUCUUAUAAAGUUGACAAAUAGGGCUCAAGGUCAUCUUCAUUCUCUUAGUCUCGUUUACUGCUUAAAUAUCACUAUUCUUGGUUUGAAGCAUGUACUUGAGAGGAAUCCCAGCCUGACAAAGUUAAGUGUUCCAGGGUGCAUUAGACUCACCGCUGAUGGUAUUCUGUCUAACUUAAAAGUCUUCAAGUCUGGUGAAAAAAACAGACUUAAGUAUAUAGGGAUUCAUGGAGUCUUUGGUGUGACAAACCAGCACUUUGAAGAGUUCAAGCUCUUAAUGGGUGAAGAUAAUAGCAAGCUGCCAACUACUCGUAAGCCGCGGUUUUUGGGUAGUGGCCAUUCUGAUGAUGACUGCGCUUUGGAUAUUGAAGUUUGCCCGAAAUGCCAGCAACUUAGACUUGUUUAUGAUUGCCCCUCAGAGAGUUGCAUAAGGAAGCAAUCUACCACUCAGUUAUGCAGGGCUUGUACUAUAUGCAUUGAACGUUGUAUCAAUUGUGGAUGUUGCUUAGAUAACCGUGAAUACGAGGAGCUGAUCUCUUUUGAGUUGCUUUGUUUAGAUUGCUGGAGAGAACUCUGGGGUUGGCAAGAGAGGGAGCAGAAAAUGACCAUUUUGCCUAAAACCACUGUUCUUCAUAAGCAGGCAAGUUACCAUUUGUACCUCCGUGGCUAGGAUGCAGAGUGUUUGUUACUUCUUUUUGGCUAUGGGAUGAAUUCUGCCAACAUAUGGAGUUUCAGCUUCUGGGCAGACACUUGGGCUGGAGAUGAUAGUUUAAUGUCCAAAUUUCCAGUUCUGUUCAACUGUUCCACCAACAAGUAUGGUAUUGUGUCAGAUGCUUAAGUUUCAAGCACAGGAUGGCACUUAAGUUUGAGGAGAAAUUUGAAUGAGUGGAAAGUAAAAGACUUUUUUUCACUUACUUCAGAUGCUGGAGCCUUGCAGAUUAUUCAAAACAAACAGGAUACUCUCAGUUGGGGAGCAAGUAAAGACAAGAGUUUCUUUAUCAGCAAUUGUUAUAGUUUAUUAAUGAAGGAAGGUGGUCAAUGGGAUGAUAACUGGCCUAGGAAGUCGAUUUGGAAGACUAAGGGACCUGUGAAAGAGGAUUCCUAUUGUGCAAUAGAAACUAGAGAAUGCUGGGAAUUGUUCCUAAACAUAUGAGGAAUCUAUUGUGUAAUGCGACUGAAGGUAAGAGAUCUGAUGGAAUGCUGGCAACAUGAGAGAAUCGCAGAUUUGGAGUAUGGAUUUCCUAGAAUUGGUAAAAAGGAUGUAACUGACUGCAUGGCCAUCCCCUGCAGGUCUUUUGUAUUUCAUCUCGGUACCUUACUAAUAAACCUUACCAUAUAAAAGAAAGAUUUGAAACGGCAGUCUUUUUUCCCCAAGACAAGGCAGAUAAGCAGCUAAGCGCCCUACUUAAUGGAAGUAUAUUAUGCUUUA